GCUGAUCUGAGUGCCAACCUGCAGGACGACAGCAGUUUCUUCUACGGCGUGUCCAGUCAGUACGAGAGCUCUGAGAACAUGAUCAUCACCUCCUCCACCAAAGUCUGCUCCUUCGGAAAGCAGGUGGUCGAGAAAGUAGAGGUGAGCGAAAAACAACGGAUUGCUCCAGGUCUAUGAAUAUGAAUAGAGAUAUAGUAAAUAUACAUACAGUAUACACUGAGUGUGCAAAACAUUAGGAACAUCUUCCUAAUAUUGAGUUGCACCCCCUUUUGCCCUCAGAACAGACUCAAUUUGUCGGGCAUGGACUCUACAAGGUGUCGAAAGCGUUCCACAGGGAUGCUGGCCCAUGCUGACUCCAAUGCUUCCCACAGUUGUGUCAAGUGCGCCUGGCACCUACUACCAUACCCCGUUCAAAGGCACUUAAAUCUUUUGUCUUGCCCAUUCACCACCCAAAGGAGGCGACUCCAGGAUGCUGACCUUCUAGGCAGAGUUGCAAAGAAAAAGCCAUAUCUCAGACUGGCCAUUAAAAAUAAAAGAUUAAGAUGGGCAGUCUGAGAUAUGGCUUUUUCUUUGUAACUCUGCCUAGAAGGUCAGCAUCCCUGACUCGCCUCUUCACUGUUGACAUUGAGACUGGUGUUUUGUAGGUACUAUUUAAUGAAGCUGCCAGUUGAGGACCUGUGAGGCGUCUGUUUCUCAAACUAGACACUAAUGUAUUUGUCCUCUUGCUCAGUUGUGCACCGGGGCCUCCCACUCCUCUUUCUAUUCUGGUUAGAGCCAGUUUGUGCUGUUCUGUGACGGGAGUAGUACACAGCGUUGUACGAGAUCUUCAGUUUCUUGGCAAUUUCUCGCAUGGAAUAGCCUUCAUUUCUCAGAACAAGAAUAGACUGACGAGUUUCAGAAGAAAAUUAUUUGUUUCUAGCCAUUUUGAGCCUGUAAUCGAACCCACAAUUGCUGAUGCUCCAGAUACUCAACUAGUCUCAAGAAGGCCAGUUUUAUUGCUUCUUUAAGCAGCACAACAGUUUUCAGCUGUGCUAACAUAAAUGAUCAAUUAGCCUUUUAAAAUGAUAAACUUGGAUUAGCAAACACAACGUGCCAUUGGAACACAGGACUGAUGGUUGCUGAUAAUGGGCCUCUGUAUGCCUAUGUAGAUAUUCCAUUAAAAAUCAGCCGUUUCCAGCUACAAUAGCCAUUUACAACAUUAACAAUGUCUACACUGUAUUUCUGAUCAAUUUGAUGUUAUUUUAAUGGACAAAUAAAUUGCUUUUCUUUCGAAAACAAGGACAUUUCUAAGUGACCCCAAACUUUUGAACGGUAGUUUAGGUUUACAGUAGAUAAAUAAACAGAAAUGGAUAUGGAUUAUGUCGAGAUGAUGGUCAACCAAGCUUUGUGUACAGUCCAGGAUUGGCAUAAAAAUCUAUGUUUUAGACCUGCUAUCUCAACAUUUGAGAUCAUGACUGUUCAUGACCGUGAUGAUUACCACUCUGAGAAUAAAUGAAUAACCCAACCAGUGGUUGGGAUGGAUUCAACUCACUACUCAACCAUCUGUGGUCUAGAACAGACGGCCACAAGACACCACUUACACUCCUCCUCACCCUGACUCAUUGGUCACGUCCCAAAUGGCACCCUAUUCCCUAUGUAGUGCACUACUUUUGAUCAGAGCCUUAUGGGCCAUGAACUAUAAUAUAAUGACAUUCAACAGGGACAUCAAUUUGAUUAUGGUAGCCAUUACCUACAGUAUAUGUUUAGUGCUAUAGCUAUCUUGCCAUAUAUCAGGUAAAUUAUAAAUGUAUUACCUUGACUUUCAUCUAUGAAAUAAUAUAAUGUAUUUUCAGUGUGACCAUCUCUUGAUAUAUUACACAUAUAUCAUAUUUUGGAUAUAUUGUGUCUCCCCAGACAGAAUAUGCGCGGUUUGAGAAUGGGCGGUAUGUGUUCAGAAUCCACCGUUCCCCA